AAACAUUCUUAAAAAUGAAGGUGUCCAAAUAUUCUAUUCAGUGCCCUGUUUACGAACACUUGAAGCCUUCCCUUAAUGCAAUAAACCAAAUUUGCACACCCAUACAAGACAGCAGUUAAAAUUAGUGUAUUUGUAACAACUUUUAUGUUUUUAGACAGCAAAUGGAAGAUUAAGGUUCUGAAAUGAACAGUGGCAAGCCUGAAUUUAAUCUUCUCUUAAUUUCUUCAUGAAUAUUAUUUUUAUUUGUCACUUAUUUUCAAAGACUUUAACUUUUCCACAUUUUUUAAGUGUUCAUUAUCUACCAUUCUGUCAUGAUUUUGUCCUGCUGUCUGGUGAUGAGACAUGAACAAAUACUUAGUUAUGUUUUCUUGCAGACCAACAUCUUUAUAACAUCUCAUGGAGCUUUUGUGCUUUUCUUAAUUCUGACCUUUGUGUUUUCACCCAAUUCAUUAACAUCAGCGUAGACCAAAAGCUAAAACGUCCCGUUCAGUUUCAGAACCUAAUAGUUCUCUUGGACGUUCCUAAUGGCAUAUUCUAAAGCAAACUUGCAACAUAUUGCUGGGAAAGCCAGUCCUUGUUUCAGGCCAUUCUGAAUAAGAAAUGCAUCAGGCAAAUGUUUUACCUAUAUGGGCUUCACUGUAAGCUUUAUUUAACCUGUUGUACAGUGGGCGAAAACCAUCCUACCAAUAACACCAAAUAGCUUAGCUUUUAUCCUACAGUUCCUUCCUAUCUAAUUCUGACUGAUAGCUGCUUCCUCUGAUUUACAGUCAGAAAUCACUGUUAAUGUGAGUUCGGAUAGCUCAGUCAGUACAGUGACUGACUACGGGCUGGAUGAUCGGGGUUCGAUAACCGACAGGGGUACAGGAUUUUUCCUCUAACCUUUGCAUCCAGAUUGGCUCUGGGGCCCACCCAGUUUCCUGUCCAAUGGAUACCGGGGUCCUUCCUGGGGGAUAAAGCAUGGCCGAGGUAUGACGACCACUCACCUCCACCUAGUGCGGAGGUUCAGAAUUAUUAGGAGCUACACCACCUCUCCCCCCAAGCGCCUACAUGGCGCAUAAUGGGAGAGCUUUACUAUUAGCUUUAAAUUGCCAACUAUGUAUGGCUGUCUGCAGGAUGGUAUAGCUUCACGAUGUGCAUGGGCAUAUGGUAGCUACCUUUACCUCUCUUCAAUCUCUAAAAUUUGUAAUCCCAUUGGAAUUUGAUAACAUUUUAGUGUAAUAAGUGAUCUUAGUACCUAAUUGGUAUGUAACCAGUCAGUAAAUUCCUUGUUUGUGGAUUUGUUAUUGAUGUGAUAUUUUGUUAACAGACUGGCUCUCGCAAUGUUGUGAUCGCAGUGUUUGCUGGUGUUGGUGAUGAUAGAUCACUUCUUCUUGAGAGCAACAAAUUUAAAAAAUACUAUCGAAUGUUGGAUGAGCAGAAUCAGAAGGUUCCAAAGUGGAACGUCACAACUCCAAGAAAACAAUCUGUGAAAUCACUGAAAAAACAAAUGCUGGUUUCAAAUGUAAAUAAGAAACUAUUGACAUACAUGUUCCAUUCAGACUUUAAAUUCCAUCUUAGAGCAAUUGACGCACUAAGACAGGACUUGACCAAUAACACAAAUGGAACAAUUGACAACUUGGAUAUGAUUUUAAAAUGGUUCACUCUGCGAUUCUUCGACAAGAAACCACCAGUUUUAUUGAAAGGACUUGAGUAUUUGCAGGCUGUGUUUACCAUGUUGAUUGCACAGGAAUAUAAAAUGUUAGAGUAUGAGGCCUCAUCCUUUAUUCCAUAUCUGAUUCUGAAGAUUGGAUAUCCUAUGGAUGCUGUUUGGAAUGGUGUCCAAGCACUGCUCAGGCAGAUCGAACAAGUGUAUCCAGCUGCAGGUGUCUUUGAAUAUCUGAUGAAAGGUUUGAAGUCAAAAAAUGCUGAAUGUCUUGAGCAUCUUAGAUCACUUAUUGAAAACAAUGGAGUGGAAGUUUGCAAACCUGAUCUCAGUGCUGCCGUGAAGGAAAUAGCUCGCCAGGUUUCAUACCGUGGCAGUUUUGUGAGAGAAGCUCUGGACUGUAUAGUACAAGUAUAUUUCAUAGAAAAAGAUAACGUAUACGAAAUGAUUGGAGAGAUUCCAGACGAAGAUUUAAGUGUGCUAAAAAAACAUAUUGAGGGAGUUGUAAAAGACAGGGGCGCUCAAGGAUCCCAUGUUUCUCAGGAGCAACAGCAGCAGGAUGAAGAAGAAGAAUCUUGAGCAACAACAAGGUCAGAAGCAGUACAAGAGCAGGCAGGCCACGAUCCAUCGGCCGUCCUCCUCAACUCCCAACAGCAACUUUCAGAGGAUAACGAUGACAGUGUUGUGAAUGAUGAGGGCUUAGAUCUGCACUUGGUUGCGGUUCUGUUAAUUGUGAUAUGUACAUAUAACGGCAACCCAAGUUUGAAAUUGUACUUUUGAGAUUUAUGUGAAGAAAAGCUUUUUCAGUGCAGUGCAGUGCAAGUAACGGUGGAUUUUCCGGAGUACAUGCAUUUAUUUUUAAGUGAUUAAUAAUCUGAUUGUAUUCAAGGGCAUUUUUUCACAUUUGCAAAUUGCUUGCAAAUCAGAAAUUUUAAUGUUACUAAAAUUGCAUCCUCAGUCAUUUGUUUUUUGUGUAGGUGACAUGUUCAUGGUUUUUCUAUAUAUCUUUGGGCCUUUGCAAUGUAAUUGUUUCAUGUUUGAAUAAUAAAAGCGCAUUAAAUGUUUUAGUAUUUAAA